ACAUCAAAGCACGCCAAUGAUGCUUCAUCGGAAACGUCUGUAGAAUCAUCGUCAACCUAUGGUUCAGAAAUGGAAACAUCCCCAGAUUCACCAAACUCAACUGAAGGUUUACAAGCCACUGAAAACACACAGACGUGUAGUGAUGAAGUUUUUGACAAAGAAGGACAGAUUGGAAUUCUCCUAAGUCCAAUAUUCAGAUUUAGAAACUAUGACAGUGAAGAUAUUUACAAGGUGACGCAACCAACACCAAAAUCACCUGCCGCAACUCGUCGCCUUCCUUUACCUCAACUCCACGCUCCGCGAAAACCACCGCUGCCACCAAUUUGUUUCCGAGUCCCGCGACCACCCUUUUCAAAACCUCUACCACCAUCCUUUCUACCGCCUUUGUUCACCGGUUUCAACAAUUCAGGCCCACCACUGCCUG